AGGAUGCUUGUGACAAACUCUAGUGAGAGAGUAGUGAGAAGUGGUCCUUACUCUAUUUCAUGUUUACUGUUGUGAAAUUGUAACACUUCACCUUCUCGCUACCCUUGUCGUUUAUGUUUGCUUCCCCUUUCAAUCCAACUUUAACCAUGUUAUUCAAACCAUAUGCGCACACCAUACAUCUCAUACUUAACCAUAUAUUCUAAUUUUAACUAAUGUAUGAAAAACGCUAGAGAUUAGAGAUUGACAUAUUAUUUGAGAGAUGAUAUUAAAUCGGACACAUUUACGUAUGUGAUUAAUCAUGUUUUUUUAACAACGUGAUUAAUCAUGUUUUCUAUGUGAUUAAUGUAUAUGAUUGAAAUUUUGGACCACAAAAACAUGGACACAUCAGCAACCAAACCUACUUCCCCCUUGUGAUGUGUAAACUAUAAUUGCAUAAUUAAUUUGAGAAAUUAGUUACAUUUUUUUAGAGCUAGUUACAUUUUUUCUUACAUAGUCAAAUCUUAAUUACUUAAUUCCUCAUUAGACUGAAAUCCACGUGACUCACUCUGACAAUAUAUCGCGCGCUAAACAAAGUUUAAAAUAACAUUAAGAGUUAUUAUAGUAUUACUCCUAUUCAUCACUGAUUUUCAUUGGCAUGAUUAAGUAAAUCGACAGUAUUGCGUGCUGAGCGGUUAAAACCAUUAACAGUGGAUAUUAUUUACAUAAUCCCUCAAUAUUAUACAUGUUUCAUUGAGUUUUUUUUCUUUCUUUAAUUUUUGUUGUAUUUAUGGUUCAACAGUACACCGUUUUAACCUAAUCGAUCAAAUUAUCAAUUGGAUGAUCGAUAAAACUGACUACAUAGUUUACUGAUAUGGCAGAAGUUGAUGAUCGAUGAACGUUAUUAGAUAAUAAUCAUAAUAUAUAUACAGUACAUGAACAACCAAAAAAAAAUUAUGGUUAAUCAGCAUAUGUUUUAUUAACUAGCGUAUUUUCAUAAUAUGGGCCAUGUUUUAUUUCAUAAGAUACACCAUUUUUCUUUUUUAAAACGCAAGUGAAAAUGUUUUCAGAAAAUGGUUUGAUUGCUUGGAUCACAUAUAUAGUUUCUUUGUCAGGGUUCUUUGUGAAAAAAAAUCAUAUUAAGCAUACACAUGUUUAAGGAAUCAUGACAUGAUGCCAACAACUGGAGUAGUAGUAGGUGAGGAUUAUAAUUAAUUUAAUGUGAUCAAAUGCGUGCAUGCAUAUGUUUAUAUUGUUUUAUAAAUUAUUUAUCUAUAGUGACAAAUGUGUAUUCAUUUUCUCAUGUGUGAUAUAUACAUAUUAUAUAUAAACAGGAAUCUAUACAUAUAUAAACAGAGACCACUUUCACUAGUGCUAAGUGCCAACUUACAAAAUCUAAACAUAGACUCAAAUUUCUUUAAUUAGUGCAAAAGAACAACAAUUUGUCACUAAAACAAAAUUUUAAUACAAAUACCAAAUCGCCUGAUUUUUCCACAACAAUAAUACAAAAAAAAAAAAAAUACUCAGUCUAAUACAAAAAGAGAAGAUUAACGGAAUCUCGAACAAUAGCACUUCGUGGACAACUACAAACGCAUGUACAUAUUUGAAAUUUCAGUAUAAAGAGCUAACUCGAAGCCUAAUGAAAAGGACAAGAAGCUCACAUGACCCGAACCAUAUCACUCAUGGGCCCCUACGCAAUACACGGUACUAAUCUCUCUCUCUCUCUCUCUCUCUCUCUCUCUCUCUCUCUCUCUCUCUCUCUCUCUCUCUCUCUCUCUCUCUAAGCCUUGAAACUCUGUUAAGAACUAAUCUCAAGCCACCAUUUUUCCUCCAUCCUCUAAAGAGAUAGAAAGAGAGAUCCUCUAGUUUGAAGAAAAGGAAAGAACCAACCGAACCAAGAAGAGAAAAGAAAAUUUCAAGUUCAGCAUCUCUCUCUCUUAUAUUAUAAGAUCUCGAGUUGACCUAUCAGCAGCAAUGACUAUGAACAACAACAUCAACAAUUCAUCAGUUCAACUAGAGCAACAAGAGAGAUGUUUAACCUUCAUGAAGAUUCACUAAGACCCAUCUCAAGAAAGGAAGAAAGAGUAAUCUUGAUGAAGAAACACUAAUUAAGACCCAACUCAAAAAUCUCAAGACAAGAGUAGGAAGAGUUUGGCAAGAACAACAACAAAGAAGGUUCAAUUUUGAUUCAAGAAACCAUCUUAUAAAUCAAGGUUUCUCCAUCUCAUGGAUCUAUCCUUAGCUCCGGCAACAAACUCCGACCAAGAACAAGACAGAGACCAAGAAUUAAACUCCAACAUCGGAGCAAGCAGUAGCUCCGGAACCGGAAACGACAGCAACUUCCCGAUGAUGAUGACGAUACCGCAGCCGGAGAAAGAGCACAUGUUCGACAAAGUGGUAACACCAAGCGACGUCGGAAAACUCAACCGACUAGUAAUACCUAAACAACACGCGGAGAGGUAUUUUCCACUAGACUCAUCAAACAACCAAAACGGCACGCUGUUGAAUUUCCAAGACAGAAACGGCAAGAUGUGGAGAUUCCGUUACUCGUACUGGAACUCUAGCCAGAGCUACGUGAUAACCAAAGGAUGGAGCCGUUUCGUCAAAGAGAAAAAGCUCGACGCUGGAGACAUCGUCUCUUUCCAGCGAGGGAUCGGAGAUGAGUCCAAAAGAUUGAAACUAUACAUCGAUUGGAGGCAUAGACCCAACAUGAUGAGCGUCGCUCAAACACAUAAUCAGUUUGGUAACUUCGGUUUUAACUUCAAUUUUCCGACCACUUCUCAAUGUUUCAACAGAUUCCAUCCAUUGCCGGAAUAUAAUACCGUUCCCAUUCACCGGAGCUUGAACCACCAACGUUCGUAUUAUUAUAACAAUCAUGGUCAAGAGUUUGUAGGGUAUGUUUAUGGGAAUUUAGCUGGAAGGUGUUACUACACGGGCGGCUCACCGUUUGACCAAAGAAGCAUUGUUGGAUCAGAGCCGUUGGUUAUUGAGUCAGUCCCUGUAGUUCCCGGGAGAUUAACUCCGGUGAUAUUGCCUCCACUUCCUCCUCCUUCUAUGGCGGGUAAGAGACUAAGGCUCUUUGGGGUGAAUAUGGAAUGUGGUAAUAAUGACAAUAAUCAACAAGAAGAGUCUUGGGUGUUGCCACGUGGCGAAAUGGGUGCUUCUUCUUCUUCUUCAGCUCUGCGACUCAAUUUAUCUAGUGAUCAUGAUGAUGAGGAUGAUAAUGGUGAUGGUGAUGGUGACGGUGGUGAUCAGUUUGCUAAAAAAGGGAAGUCUUCUCGCUUUCUCUAGACUUUAAUCCAUGAAGAGUCUCAUCAUCCUCUUCUUUUUAAUAUCUCUUUAUUUUAUUUCAUUAGUUGAUCUUCCAAAAGGAAUUAGAUCCCAGCUAGUGAAUGGGAAGAAAAUACGAUCUUCAUUGUUUGUUUGUUUUUUGGUUAUGAGUUUUGUUUUCUACA